UUAUUUCAAACCAGCAGGCGGUUAGAAACGUUUGAAAUACAGGACAAAUUUUUUGUGUAUGGACAUCGAGUUUAAGGAAAGAUAAUCCAAUAUUUCCUUUAAAGCCAUCUAUCUACAAACCAAAGCAGUGUAGUCAUUUACCCGCUGGAAAUCUUAAGGUGAGAAGAAACGGCUACUCUCUGUAACUCUUUUUUUUACACGGUUACAAGAGAGAAGAUAGAACCAGAGAGAAAAGACGUUAAAUUCAAUUGUUUAUAUCAUGGAAUCCCACCAACAACAACCCGAAAGUUUAAUUCAAGAAAUGUUGACUUUCUUGGAUGAUACCGUUAAGGAAGACAAAGUAUUUCCCAACAACGAAAAAAAAUCGGAUGCUUAUGAAAAUAAUGGAGAACGUUCUGUGGAUACCAUUAACAAAGAAAAGCUUCAAGAGAAAUAUCCAAUAUGGAAUACUCGAGAAAUUGUUUCUAAGAUGCGUUCACAAUCGCCCUUAAACAUCGAAAAUGUUUCAUCUAUAUGGGGAAGUUUCCCGGAAAAUGUUACUCAUUCAACUGUUGAAAAUAAAAACCAGGCCCAAUCUCCUAAGAUUAGGCAGUAUGCAAAUGGUUGGCACAAAGAUCAACUAGGCACCAAAAUGACCACUGCAGUUAAUGGUUUAAAGAACAUGUAUCAGAGCCAAGAUUGUAAGGCUCAGAAGUAUGUCAGUGAUUCGUGUACAAAUAAAACACUCAAUAACAUGGCAGAUAUAGACCCAAAUGCUGUGGGAGAGGCCCAACAACUUGGCACUGAUUCCCAGGAAAAGGCAGAGAAAUCAAUGCAUCGUGAUUAUCUUCAAGAAGUCCACAAAGCCAUUUACGGCGAUGCAAAUACCCACCCUGGACACGGUUCAAGCGAGUAUUAUCAAGCUGCACAAAAUUAUGCCAUUUAUGGCAAGGAAUUCUUAGAUUUUCCCCAAGAUUUGCAAGCUAUCUUGGGUAUGAAAGUCUCAUCCCCAAUUGGAUUAGUUCAAAAUGGAAAUUCUUAUCAGUGUCCUGCAUUGUACGCAAACACAUUACCAGGUCUUGAGUAUUAUGGGCAACCUUUGUUGGCCACUACACCUAUGGCAACUAUGCCAACAUCUUACCAGCAACCUUCAUUCGCCACUACUUGCAAUGCCUCCACACCAACAUCUAGCCAGCAACCAUUAAUUGCUACUACCCCUGUUGGCACCUUACCACCAACCUCUGCCAUACCAUUAACACCGGCUUAUUACCAAUGCUAUAAUGCGAUGACUGUUUUCCCUACCAGAUCUGUUAUGGGUAACAUAGCUAACACCCCUGGAAUCAUUGCGGGAAAUUUUAUUAUUAACAAUGCUCCCAGUCAACCUAUGAUUUACAAUCAGCCUAAUUUAAUUAUUGCCGGAAACAAUGCGGCAUUAUAUACCAAUCAUGCUCCAUGUUCACCUGUAGUUUUGAGUUCACCCAAUUCACACAAUACGACAAAUUUUAUUUCUAAUAGUUUAGCUAAUGCUUCAUUAACUUCAUCUCGUGCUGCACUAUACCAAUCCAAUACUAUGCUAAAAACUACGGGUCAGUGUUACACAAAUGGCAACUGUGGUAUUGCAAGCAAUAGGGUACAACUGGACGCUGCGGCCUAUGAGCGUGCGGUCUAUAUGCAAGCAGUACUACAAUACAAUCAGCAAUGGCGACAAGCAUUAUUGGAUACAGGUCUUUGUAAUAGACAGGAAGUGCAAGUAGCAUCCUCAGUGACAUCUCAGAAAGCAAAUGAAAUGAAAUGAUUUCUAAAAGAAUGCCAAUAAUAUGCAUAUUUGGCGAUAAAUCUGUGACUUUGGGAUAGGGUUUUCUCUAUAAAGGCUGGUACUAUAUUCGUUUUUCACGAUAUUUUUCGCCGAUUACUUUUUUUGGAUAAUAGAUUUAAAAGCAGAAAAAAUUGCUGAUUUCAUUCAGUAAAUAAUAAAAAUCAUUAAUUUUUUUCGUAAAAGUAAUCGUGAAAAAAAAAAAGAUUUUCAACGUUGAAAAACGAAUAUAGGUACCAACCAUAAGACUCAAAAAAUGAGUGGAAAACUUUAGAGGGAUUCAGUUUUCUAUCAAUCCUGCACACCGCUUUGCCUUUUAAAAACCAUGAAGAGUCUUCCAUUAGUAUAACUAGAAUAUAAUUUCCUACUUUUUAGACUUUUUUUCUCUAACUUCAUUAUUCCUCACUUUUGUUACAUUUUAAUGAUAUAAUUUGUUUUGAUAAUCCUACGAAACUAGUUGACUAUACUGCCGGUAUUUGUAGAAGUUUAGUUAAAUUGGAUUUUUUUUUUAAAUUUUUAACAUGGAUAUUUUGUUUUCAUUUCGAGGGUUUAAUAAUAUUUUAUCGCUAAAAUUUAAAAGAUUUUUUGUUACUUUGUACAUUAGAAUAAUUUAAAUAAUCCACCGACUUGGAUUGAAAUAUUUGUAACCUUUUUAUCAUAUUUGCAAUUGUUAAAUUGUAUCCAUUUCAAAUUUACUUUGUUGCUAUGUUUGUACAUUAGAAAAAUUUAAAUAAUCCACCGACUUUGUUGCUUUACAUAUUUUUCUCCCAAUGAAUAUUCCGUUAUUCUUAUCUUCAUACAUAGAAAUUUAAAUAUUUGUAACCUCUUU